AUGGUUAGCAUUACAUUUAAAAAUUUUAAAAAAGAAAAAGUGACUCUAAAUUUAGAUCUUUCAUUAACUGUUCUCGAAGCUAAAAAUGAAUUAGCACAAAAUCAAUCAUGCGACUCUGAACAAAUCAAAUUAAUCUUUUCUGGGAAAGUUUUACAAGAUACUAAAUCUUUAAAUGAAUCUGGCUUAAAAGAUGGUGAUCAAGUUAUUAUGAUGAUCUCAAAGAAAAAAUCUACAAUUACAAAAGUUACUGAAGCACCUGCCGCUACCACUGUUAAUACCAGUGAAGCUCCUGUUACACAGACGAAUACUACUACUGCAGAUGUAGAGAAUACUCCAGUAGCAGAAAAUGCCAAUGCGACUCCUGCAGUUGGUACUACUGGUACAGAAGCUGUUACUGACGAAAAUGCUUCAUCUACAGGAUUUGUUGUUGGAACUCAAAGAAAUGAAACUAUAGAAAGAAUAAUGGAAAUGGGUUACGAAAGAGAUCAAGUCGAAAGAGCAUUAAGAGCUGCCUUUAACAAUCCAGAUAGAGCUGUGGAAUAUCUUUUAAUGGGUAUCCCUGAAAAUUUACAACGUGAUACUCAACCACAACAAUCUACAGAGACUAAUGCUUCAACUACUGAAGUUCAAGCUGAAUCUACCGCAAUGGAUGAAACAAAUGAUGAUAAUGCAGAAGAUGAUCUUUUCGCUCAAGCAGCUCAAGGUUCGGGAAAUGGUGCUAGUAGUGCUUCUGCCGCUACAGGUGGUGUAGGUUCAAGUGGUAUUGGUGGUCCAGGUGCAGUUGCAGGUCCAAAUGGCGGUCAAAGUUCAAUCGGUCUUACAGGUGAAGAUCUUCUUUCUUUAAGAGAAGUUGUCUCAGGUAAUCCAGAAGCAUUGGCCCCAUUGCUAGAAAAUUUAUGUACAAGAUAUCCUCAAUUACGUGAACAAAUAAUGGCUAACCCAGAAGUCUUCAUUUCAAUGUUACUAGAAGCUGUUGGAGAUAAUUUGCAAGAUAUUGCUAAUUUAGAAGAUAGUGAUUUAGGUACUGCACAAACUGAAGGUCAAAUCGAAGGUGCCGAACAAGCUCCUCCAUUUAACUUAGAAAUGUCCGAAGAAGAUGAACAAGCUGUCUCUCGUUUAUGCGAACUAGGUUUUGAACGUACAUUGGUUAUCCAAGUAUAUUUCGCAUGCGACAAGAAUGAAGAGAUUGCAGCUAACAUGUUAUUCACUGAUUAUCAAGAAUAG